GUUUGUGUGGAAUGGCACGUUUAGGUCUAUCUUCGAUCAUAAGUAAGUAAACCGGUGUUUAACAAAGUUAUCUAAUUACAUUUUAAUCAACAAUGCAGAGAGAGGUGAUUUUCUUUUUUGUUUUCACAGGUGGUUUUUCUGAGUUGAGGAUUAAUGAAGGAGCAAAGGUCUAUUUGCAGGAAACCAUAGUCAACAGGAAGUAUUAUGAGUGGCAGCUGUCAGUUGGCCAUCAGUGGCUGAAAAUUGAAAACGACCAUGUGAUUGAGACCCACUACUGCCACCCAGGAGCCAAGGGAAUCGGUAUCAAUACAUGCCAUGGGAAGGUGUUCAUAGAUUUUGAUAGGUUACAGACGAAUGACCCAGGAAUGAAGGUGCGGAGACUAAGCUUCCUUCCUCAGGGACAGACGGAGGACAUAGGCUGGUACUUCAGAGAUGGUCAAGUGUGGCGUGAAUAUGGAUCCCAGGGUUUAAGCAUGUUGUCGCCAUCAGUCAGCAGCAGAGAAGUUGAACGACAGUUCACCCUGAACCCUCAGGGAACCUUUGCAUUUUCAGGCUACAUGAUCGAUUUCUCAAACAUGACCGAGUUCCACGCCUUUACAGGAUCUUAUAGGAGGGUGCGCAGGCGUCCAAAAUUUACAUCCAACACUGGAGUACUUGGCUCCACUUCAGCCCUGCCCACAGCCGCCUCCUCUCAGACCUACAGGUGGGAAUUAAUAGGAGAUUGCCCAAAUUGGACAGAACACCAAGCACGUACAUGUUUAUUUGACAGCAGUGGUACUGAGAGACAGUACCAGUUGAACCAACGGGGCACACUACACUUCAAGAUGAACAGAUCCUCCUACACGCUGGGCUUUUCAGUAACUCAGAUAAACCUGAGCACGGGCACAACCAGAGCGGUGAGACGACUUAAUCGGUGACUGAGCAGACAACAGAUUUGUAGGUCGGGGGUCAACUUAAUGUUGAUCCUACCAGUUGUGUCACUGCCCACCUCAGGUUGACUCUCACGUCACAAGCUGCCUCCUCCCUUCCUGCCCUCUUCACCUCAACAGGCUGAUCAACAUUUAUUUAUCCCUCCUCUGAAGUCAUUUUGUUUUCAUUGCAAGUUUGAAUUUUUAUCAAGCUACGCUAACAUGCAGAGAUGCAGUAAAUUAAGCCAUGUACGAGUUUUCUACAUGGCCGGGUUGAGCACUUGUGAUAGUGGCUAAUGUAGCCUAUUCCAUAUUAAAUAAGUGGAAUCAUUUACUGAUAUAUCAUUGGAGAAAAACCCUUAGUUCAUUUGCUUAUUUCAUGUCAUCCUAAUUGUCUACAAGCUGUGCAUGUAACUCUUUUUAAGAAUUUAUUAAAACUUCCUUUAGCUUGUG